CUCAUAUCAAGCACAACAGCUACAUUUAGAAACCAGAGUUCUAAGACCUAAAACUUCUCUCUUAUUUCUGUUUCAUCAAAGUCUUCCCUACUAAACAAAGUAAAGCAAGAUGAUCAGUGCUAAGAAGCAUAUCAAGUUAGCAAGAAAAUGGCGAAAAAUGGUUUCAAUUACGAGAAAAAGAAUCACAUUACCAAGAACCACCAUGGAGGCUGAAACAAACAGUUGCAGCACAUCAUCGGUGGUCGAAAAGGGUCACUUUGUCGUAUACAGUGUGGAUCAGAAGCGCUUUGUGCUUCCUUUGGAAUAUCUAAAGAACAAAAUGGUGAUGGAGCUACUGAACUUGGCAAAAGAAGAGUUUGGACCACCCGGCAAUGGACUUCUCAUCAUGCCUUGUGAUGCAACAUUUAUGGAAUAUGGAAUUGCAUUCAUCGAAAGGAAACCGAGUAAAGAAGUGGAGAAAACACUAAUCCUGUCCAUAAGCACCAGUCAUUGCUUAUCAUCGUAUCUUUAUCAGCAAGAAAAAGACCAACAAUGGCCAAUAUGGAGCUUCUAAAACAUUUUUUCCCCUUUUUCUCAUAUUGUAAUUG